GAUAUUUUCUGAUGUGUAAGUUUUCAUUUUGUAAUUGCAUAAGCAUGUUGCAUUAAUAUGGAUGAUCUGUGAUGACAGUGUUUUAUAGCUGGUCUGCUUUUGAUUUUGAAGAUGACAGGAUGUAUAGGAUUUUGAAUUUUGUUGUGAAUGAGGCUGACCGUUUCUCUGUUAACUUAUAACUGUUUGUAACAGCUGCAUUUUUAUCUAAGCAUGUCGUACUGGGCAAUUAAGUUUGAAAAUAAAAACUAACGAGGGAACAAAGAAGAUGAUACAAAUUUACACUUUUCCAACAUUUUAAACCAGUGGAUACUGUGAUCCAGGUUAUGAAAUUGCUUGUUCUGAAAUUUUGGUGAGAUUUAACAAAAUAUUGAACUGCUAAUGCAUUUUGUGGUAUAAGAUCUAGUUCAUACUGUAUAGCAUAAAGUCAUUGUCCAAACCCUCAACAUUAGGAAAUACACAAAUAUUAAUGAUCAACAUCUUCUUUUUUCUCUCGAAUUUUGGUCUUGUUACUGCAUGAAUAAGGAAAUGUUUUUGUAUACCAACGUUCAUUUCCUGUGUUGUCACGGUGACAAACUGGCCCCACCCUAAAUGAUCAAAGGUGUAACAGCAGUUAUCACAUGCUCCACAUAGCAGGACAAUAGCUGUAGACAGUUUUAUACUUAUAUAAUAUAUACCAGGAAGUAGGCUUCACUUGAGCUGCUGCUGUUGAUGCAGGGUUCAUCAUAGAUGCUGCUGUAACAAGUGUUUUUGAUGUAGGUCCACGACUUCCAUGUAUUUGCUCGCUAUGGGCUAGGAAAUUAACUUUAGAAUAGAUUUGAUUUUCGCAAUAAUACUUUGUUUUAUUUGUCAUUGUUUUUUCUUCAGAUGGAUUGUUUUCAGUUUUCUGAAGUCAUUUUUCAUUUGAAAUUAUUCAUGAUUUUAUUUGUGUUUUUUUUUUCUAAACUAUGUUUACUGUGUUAUGAACAAGAGACUUAACUUUUUUCUGUCUUUUCCAGAUGAGAGACAAGACUAUUGAUGCCAUGACCUGUCGACUCCUGCUUGCCUCUUCUUGAAGAACAGUUGUCAGCAAGCACUACAAUGGUUCUCGUGGAGGAAAUAGAAAUAAACAUUGCCAACCAGAACUUGAACAAUGACUUUCCUAGUUUACUGGAAACACAGACGGAGGCUAACAUCCCGACAUUACCAUGUGUGACAACAAAUCCAAACACAAUAUGGGAGAUCGAGGAGAUUGUGGGUGUGGUGGUAACUGCCAUUUUGGUGCCAUUCAUUCUUGGAAGCAACUUUUUGGUGAUCCUAGCUGUCAGUAAAUUCAAGCGUCUUCAGAUUCCAACAAAUUAUUUCCUUGUGUCUUUAGCAGCUGCCGACAUCUUCAUAGCACUUGUCAUACCUUUUGUAAUUUGUGUGGACAUCCUGAAAGACAGCAUAUCGGACAUCUACUUGUGUUUAUCGCCGAAUCGCAUAUUGAUGAUGGCAUGUGGGGUGUCUAUUCUGACAUUGGCAGCCAUUGCAUAUGACCGCUACACAGCACUGGUCAACCCACUAGAAUAUGUAAGUGUUAUGACUGUGAAGAAGAUUUCAAUUCUAGUUUCCUUGUCCUGGAUCUACUCAGCUGCAAUUGCUUGGCUGCCAUUGUUCAGUCAUUGGCAUGAAGACAUAGAUAUCGACAGUGAACCAUGCUCAUUUCGACUUCUCCACAGUAAUGCUCAUGUGCUUUUUCUCAGCGCGGUAUUCGCUCCAGCGUGCCUUGCAAUAUUCUUUUGCUAUUUUAGAAUAUAUAUCGUGGCUCGCCAUCAUGCUCGGGCAAUCGCAGCAGUAGAGUCAUCCGUCCGACACAAUAUUCAAAUGAGAUAUAUUAUGAAGGAUACCAAAUAUGCCAAAACUCUGGCAUUAGUGAUGGGAGUAUUUCUCUUUCUUUGGCUGCCAUAUUUGACUUGUUUGUUCAGUGAAGUUAUUGCAAAUGUGUUUGUCAAUGACUGGAUCCGAAAUUAUUUAUCUUUCUUAGCAUUUUUAAACAGUGGUGUCAACCCUUGGGUGUAUGCCUUCAAAAACAAUGAAUUUAAAGCAGCGUUUAAGAGAAUAUUCAAGGAACAUUGUGGGAAAUUCAGCCUGUGUCGGUCACGUGAUCCCCGUCGACCGAGCGUGAUAUCGGACACCAGUGUGUUCCCUGCUUCGAGCAGUACCGUCCGGCUCAGUCGGACUAACAGUCGCAUCGCAUCAUCAGAAGUGCUUCAAACGGUCGCCAAACUCGGUGAAGUCACAAACAUUGAAGUUGAUAGUCAGUUUGGUACAGUGUCAAAGCUGAACAACGGGUUCAUCCCAGACUUGCUCAAAAAUCACAUCUCAGGGCCUCACACGAAAAUUGAUGAGUGUCCGGAAGAUGUGUUUACGGAGGUUGUGACGGAGUCGGGACUUGACAGUGGUGUUGAUGUUGACGACUCGAGAGAGGAUAACAGUAUUGAUGACAGCACAGAGAAGUAUUGAACUGUGUCUCCAUGAUUGCUCAAUGACAUGGAAAUAAGACUGACAGUGAGAAAGAAGAAAUAUCUUUCACAUCAACAGGUCCAACAGGAAGGAAGAGAACACGUGACUAUCAAAUGUGAAUUCUUGAACAACUUGUUUGACUUAUUAAUGACAGUUACGGGCGACAGACAAUUUCAUCUUAAGAGAUGACAACAGAUAUAUACAAAUUUGUUGGAUGUGCUGUGACACUUUAACACUGAGUGGUUUAAGCCUCUUUGUGAUUGUGAAACUGUUUCAUACUAGGAAACCAGAAUCUCAUUGACAUGUCAACUAAAUUGUGAACUUUAUAGCCGAUUCUGAACAAGAAGGAUUCAUGGCAGCGUCAUGAGCUCUAUCAGAUGAAGAAAGAUCUACACACUUGUUCUUAUAUCGGACACAUGGUCCAAUUUAAGACAGGUAUCAGGUAUCAUGCAGUGUUGGGUAUUUGUAUCACACACAUGGAACAGGUAUCAAGCAGGACAUUUGUUAUCAUACAUUGUCAAAUAAAUAUGAGAUGGUUGUCAAGGUGUAAGACAGAAAAUUGAAUAUAUUGUGUAUUUGAUGUCUGAUUUUUAAGUUACAGAACACUGAUAUUUAUUUUCAAAUAUUUGAUAUCCUCGAUUUAUAACAUUUAAAACAUCACUACCAGACAUUGAUGAGUAGUAAAUACUCAACAGCUUUAUUUAAUUACGAGGUAUAAAACAUCAAUUCCAGACAUUGUUAAUUUUUUAAUAAUCUUCUCCAAUGAGGCAUGAUCUUGAUGGCUACCUCAGUGAUCCGUUGCGGUGCGUUUGUUGUUUAACACUGCACUCAGCAAUAUUCCAGCUAUUCCAGGUCUGUAAAUAAUCGAGUCUGGACCAUAAAAUCCAGUGAUUGACACCAUGAGCAUCGAUCCACGCUUUGUGAUACGAUGACAUACAUCAACCAAGUCAGCGAGCCUGACCACCCGACUCUGUUAGUCGCCUCUUACGAAAAGCAUAGUGAUACAGGUUAUUGUACUAAUGUCCAAAUGUCGACCUGUGACAUGACAUGUUCCGUGUAUACAUUGACCUGAGACUUGAUAUGUCGACCAUACAAGCAUGUUACAAUGUACAGUGAGAAGCACUGUCAACAGAGACUCGUCCCACCUGUGAUAUUGAAUGUACAAUCCAGUGAUUUGUAAACAUUGUAAAUAUCAACAUGUCAACAAGUAGAAAGUUGUAUAUGUAUGUCAGUAUUUGAAUUGUUUCUUGUAUGAGUGGGAAUCAUGUGAAGAAAAGAAAGACAUGAAAUUUGUAGAACUGAUAAGGACGGACAUAUUCGUUUUGUUUGAAGGAUGUUGUUUCAUUUUAAAACAAGAAAUACCAGUAAUGAAAUUAAUAUUAGAUUGAAAAAUAUGCUGGCUUUGAACAACUUUUCAUUUUUAUUUAUAUUUUUAUCUCGAGAUUUCUUCAGGAAAUCAUACAAAACUUGCUGAAUAUGUAACAGGGAUCUGAAAAAUAACUUUCAGAAUUUUUUCUUCUUUCAUUUUUUUCUUUGUUAAACAUUUUUACGCUUGUCAUAUAUGAAUUAUCCUUUUAAACUCAUGUGUAUGGCAUAUUACAAAGAUAAUCAUAUGGACAAAAAUAAAUAAAACUUUGUCCAGCCCAGAAAAGUAAACAGCUAUUUGUAAGCAGUUGCCCUUGAUAAUGACUGUUUGUAUUUGUAAAUUCUUUACCGUCACAUGUUGAUGAUGUAUGGACAGAUCAUUUUGUAAGGUUGAAGUAAACUCAGUUUUAUAUUAGUUACUAUUUUGACUUGUUUUGACUUGUUGCCAGGAAACAUCAGUUUUGUACUUUGUAUUUAUUAUAUAAACUCUUGUUUUGUGUUGUAUUUUGUAGGCAAGAAUGCAAUGAAUUGUGAACUAUGACAUAUGUACACAUGUCUGGAAUGUUUGGAAUGUUCCACCGUGUUUCCAGGAUGUUGUAUCUCUAAUUCAGAUCAACAGGCCGAGGAAAAGACAGGUCCGGUUCAGCAUCAGUAGAACAGUGAGUGAGUGAGUGAGUUUGGUUUUACGCCGCUUUUAGCAAUAUGCCAGCAAUAUCACGGCGGGGGACACCAGAAAUGGGCUUCACACAUUGUACCCAUGUCGGGAAUCGAACCCGGGUCUUCGGCGUGACGAGCGAACGCUUUAACCACUAGGCUACCCGACCGCCCCUCAGUAGAACAGCGUCUUUCAGGAACAGAUAUGAUAUAUAACAAAUUGUGUUGGUUAACCUAGGUUAUGACUAGUUUCUAAUGUUAAUUGAUGGAAUAAAGAUUAACUGGAGUAGUGAAUUUUUCUUAUGUUUACACAUUUCUCUUUUUUCCAGUACACAGAUAGAGAAAUCAUUCUGUACAUCCCACUGGAUGUGAUAGGAUCUUUGUGUAACCUCUUAACCUUGAUUGUUGAAAUAUCUGUUUAAAUGUGUGUACAUAUGUAAAUUAAUAAAAUAUUUGAA